GCGGCUGAGCGUGUGGCAGUCGAGACAUGUUUCAACGACCUACCCGUGAACGGGCCGGAGAAUAAGCUGUAUUUUAUCGGUAACAUCCCCUCUGGUCAUAUGGAGUACGUGUACCCCGACGAGUACACAGCCGCCGAUAAGACCAAGGCCUGCGAUGUAUGUGGUGUGGGAGUGUGGUUGGUUGUUUCUCUAUGA